GCUGGUGGAUGACACGGUGAGUCAUUGAUUAACCUUGUGUGUAGAUCCUAAGAUAGAUGUUUUAGAUGUAUCUAGUUAUUCUAACACUUUGUGUAUUUCUGUGUGCUACAUAUGGUCGUCAGUCUGGUGCUGAUCCGGGCCCUUUGUACACCUUGUAUAAUGACCUACUGGAGCACUACAAGCCGUAUAUCAGACCCAGGAAGAAUCCUAAUGAUACCGUGGACGUAGUGGUUUCCUAUAGCAUGACGUCUGUGGAAGCCUUGGAGGAAACCACACAGUCAAUAACAUCAUCAGGAGUCAUCCGAUUUGAAUGGGCAGACGAGCUGUUGACUUGGAACUCCAGUGAUUAUGGUGGUAUACAAUAUAUUAAUAUACCUGUGGAUAAACUUUGGAUUCCGGACGUGAGGAUGACAAAUGCAUUAGAAGACAUUUCGUUAAUUCUUCCUAGCGGAGACAUAGCAAGGGUGAACAACGAUGGACGGAUCGACUGGUACCAUGUAAUGAAGAGACGAACAAAAUGUCCUCUAGACAUGUCCACGUUUCCAUUUGACACCCAGACAUGCAAUAUUACCCUUUUUCAAUGGAUAACGGUCAUUGCGCAAGUUAAUAUGACAGCCAAAGGGGUCCACAUUGAAUCGUCAAUGUUUCAACGAAACGGAGAGUGGGAUAUAAUUGAUAGAUCAAUGGAAACUAUUGUUCACAUGUACACCAGUUUGUAUAUCCAGACGGAGAUUACUUUUACGUUUGUCUUCAAACGGAAGUACCUAUAUUACAUCAUCACCAACAUCCUACCCGUCAUGCUUCUUUCCAUCCUUAACCUUGGUGUGUUUCUACUUCCGCCUGAGUCUGGAGAAAAGAUUUCCUUGUGUGUAUCGAUAGUGGUGUCCUACGCAGUGUUCUUGUCUGUCAUUGGAGGAAGUUUACCGCAAGUGUCAGAUACUGUGUGCAUCUUCAGCAUCUACCUCCUCGCAAUGCUGUUUGUCAAAGUAGCUACAACUUUGUUGACAGUUUUAGUGUUGAAUAUUUACCAUGGAGACACUAAAAAAGAAUGCUCCCAACCAGAUCCAAAAAACCAACACAAUCGUUCAUUUUCGGAAGGUUCAGAAAGGAAGAUAUUAAAGAAAGGAAACAAACAGCUGGCAAAACUUUUAAACAAAAUCAGUUUUGCUGUUAUAUUCUCUUUGACAGUUAUCCUUACCAUUCUCUGUUUUGUCCUCUCUAAACAGUAGUAAGAGUUUCACGUAACUGUCGGAUAUACAGAGAAUAUCACCCUUUUGAUAUGAAAUAUAUCAAUAUGAAUCUGUAUACGAGUCGGUAUACGAGUGUUGAAAUGUACAUAAUCAAAUUAAAAACUUCACAUCUUUAAAAGUAAUCCCAUAUAUGAUAUACAACGGACAAAUGAAUCAGAGAAGGUAAUUUUUAAUCAUUAAU